ACGGGCGGGGUGGGAGUGCGUUCUCCUAGCACAGCGUUGGGUAGGUUGUGAAAGAGGCGGGGGACUGCGAAUCCGCAGACUACAGUCUGUACGGUCGCGUACUCCUCAAGAGUGUGCAUCCUGAAAUAGCAGGAGAAAAAAGUUCCUACUAAACAGUUAUUUUGGUUGGUUGGUUUCACGAGAAGAAAGACUUCAACUGCAGGUUUCAACGGACCCCCCCACCCCUGCCCUACCCCAGCGAGACAUGAGCCUCCUCCCAGCCCUCCAUCGCUGAGCGGAGGUCGUGAAGUCCUUUUGAGCCCAGCCCAGUCAUGGCAGAGAGGGAGGGGCGCGCGGAGCUCGGCUUGGCUCCCGGCCAGGUGUACGUGGAGGUGGAGUACGACUAUGAAUACAAAGCUAAAGACAAGAUGGUGAGCAUCAGGCAGGGGGAGUGCUACCUGCUGGUGAGGAAGACCAACGAGGAUUGGUGGCAGGUGAGGAAGGAGGAGGGGACCAAGGCCUUCUACGUGCCCGCCCAGUACGUCAGGGAGGUGCGCCGGGCUCUCAUGCCUCCUCAGAAGCCCCUCCUCCCGGGGGGCACGGUGCGGGUGAAGCCCACCGUUCUGGAUAUACGCAGGGCCUCGGACGAGAACCUCAACAGGCCCCUGGAGAUGUCCAGUUUCGGGCGGCCCUCGCCGUCCUCCACGCCCUCGCCGUCCUCCGGCCACACGACCCCGCCCUCCCUGGCCAAAGACAGCAACCAGAACCCGGGGAGCCCACGGCACUGCAAGGGCGUGGCCGAGCUGGUCCUCCUCCACAACAACAAUAACCAUCUCCAUGGUAACUCCACCCUGCCGCGGCAACGGGCCGAUUCGCCGCCUCCCCGGGCGCCCAGGAACCACAACAAGAGCCCGGACUCGGACCAGAGCCCGCCCUCAGGGGACUCGCCAGGGGAGGGUUCGGAGAAGGCCCGGAACGACUCGGAAUCUGGAGACGAUCUGAGCAGCAGCUCCACUGAACACAUGCAGACCACUUCCCCCACGGGCCAGGGCCGCUCCGAGUCCCCGGUCUACACCAACCUCCAGGAGCUGAAGAUCUCCCAGGCCAACCUACCCCCGCUGCCCUCCAACUCCCCACUCCACAUCCUGGGCGACUGGGAGACCCACAAGGACCUGAGUGGGCGCCACUUCUACUUCAACCGUGCCUCGGGCGAGCGGACCUGGAAGCCCCCCCGGACCAGGGACACCAGCAGCAGCACCAGCAGCAGCGGGCGGGGAGAUCCCCACGGCAGCACAGGAGAGACUGAGCCUCUGUCCUCCGAGGAGAACUGCCUCAGCAGCACACACUCCAGUCAGUCAGACAGCCAGUACGGCUCGCCCCCUAGAGGCUGGUCCGAGGAACUAGACGAACACGGACACACGCUCUACGUGUCGGAGCACACCCAGGAGAAGUGGAUAAAGCACGUGGACGAGCAGGGGAGGCCGUACUACUACAGUGCAGACGGAUCCAGGUCCGAGUGGGAGCUGCCCAAGUACAACGUUUCCCCCCCUCAUGCCGACGACCCCCCCAAGAGUCGCAGUCUAGAGCGGAAGCAGCCUGACCCCAUUGUUCUCACCAAGUGGCGACACAGCACCUACGUGCUAGACCUCAACGACAAGUUUUCUUUCAAACUCAGGCCCUUUGGUUCUGACAGCCAGGGGAGGAGAUUUCGAUUCUUCUCCCGUUACCGAGAUAAAGAGUGUGCCACAGCCCUCAAGCAGAGCUCUCCCGACUCCUCCGACUCCUGCCCCUCAUCUCCCAAGCACCCCUUCACUCCUUCAGAGAAGUGUGGAGUCCUCAACGUCACCAAAAUCACAGAACAUGGAAAGAAAGUCAGGAAGAACUGGACCUCUUCAUGGACGGUCCUGCAAGGCUACUCACUGCUAUUCGCCAAAGGCCAAGGGGGUGGAACUAGCUGGUCCUACUAUCGUAGUGGUUCCAUCCCUGAGCUGCUCCUCACGCUGCUAAGCAACUGGAAGCGCUCGGUCAAGCCCCGCCCAGCCGUCUCCUAUGUCCAAUCUGGGCGUGUCCAGGCCGCCUCUAAGUUUGGGGGGAACCAGUCGAAACCCGAGUUCACCGUGGACCUCAGAGGAGGUUCAGUGGACUGGGCGUCUAAGGACAAGUCCAGCAAGAAGCACGUCAUCGAGCUGAAGACGCGUCAGGGGACUGAGCUUCUGAUCCAGUCAGAGAUCGACAGCGUCAUUAAUGACUGGUACCGAGCCCUGACUGACACCAUCAGCACACACGCAUGGGAGUCGGACGAGGCCAUAGAGGAGGACAUGCCAGAGUCCCCUGGAGCAGAGAAACAGGACAAGGAAAAGGACCAUCGAGACUCAAAGAAGAACAGAGCCAUGAAGACUUCAGUGAGUAUGGACGCCUCAGACCAGAAGAAGACCAGGGUCAAGCUGAAGAAGUUCCUCACACGUAGACCCACCUACCAGGCCGUCAGAGACAAGGGUUACAUCAAAGACCAGGUGUUUGGCUGCAGCCUGUCCAGCCUGUGUCAGAGGGAGAACACGUCCGUGCCCAACUUUGUCAAGAUGUGCAUCGACCAUGUGGAGGACACAGGGCUGAAUAUCGAUGGCCUAUACAGAGUGAGUGGGAACCUGGCGGUGAUUCAGAAGCUGCGAUUCGCUGUCAAUCAUGAUGAGAAGGUGAACCUGGAGGACAGUAAGUGGGAGGACAUCCACGUGACCACAGGUGCUCUGAAGAUGUUCUUCAGAGAGCUGCCUGAACCCCUCUUCACCUACAGCUCCUUCAGUGACUUUGUUGAAGCCAUCAAAUGCUCCGACCACAAGCUCAGAGUCAAUUCAAUAAAAGACCUAAUCAAGCAGUUGCCAAAACCGAACCACGAUACAAUGCAAGUUCUCUUCAAGCACCUAAAAAGGGUGAUCGAACACGGCGAGUCCAACCGCAUGACCACCCAGAGCGUGGCCAUCGUGUUUGGACCCACCCUCCUGCGGCCAGAGACAGAGACGGGCAACAUGGCGGUCCACAUGGUGUACCAGAACCAGAUAGUGGAGCUCAUUCUGCUGGAGUACGAGGGGAUCUUCAGGUAGAGAACACCAACCCAAGAGGAUGCUUUCCACUACUCUUUUUUUUUGGGGGGGGACGGGACGGGGACUGAACAUUGCUGUGGACCACGCAACUGCGAGCAUAAAAUAGCAACAGAAAAUGUUGUGAUCAUUCAUUAAUACCAUUAAAUAAAGGAAGCUACCAUUGAAAAGACUUUGCACUUAAAAAAAGAAAUUGUGAUCUGAGAAAAUGUACAGAUUUCAUUCACUUAUUUUCCGGUUGCCAUUCCUGCAUGUCGCGGGGCUUUUACUCUUGGGAACGCUGGAUCAGUGGGUUGGAUGAUGCACAGGGAUGCUUUGUGCAGAGCAGAAUGGGCUGGAAGGCGCCAACCUCCUAGCGUUCCUGUGGAUUUGCGCUUUCAGAGUAAAGUGUGUCCAACAUACACUGGAUUCCUCUGGCCAGUAUUCAAGCUCACUGCGAGCUACCAGACAGUUUUGGAUUUGGAAGGAAGAGGCUCAUGGGACUUUGAGUCUUUGUGAAAGAACUGGUGGAGUGACACUGCUGCUUUCUCAGAUGUCUUUGUAUCUUCCAGCUUAUGCGCACAGCAUACUCAUUUGAUGGCAGGUCAAUAGCAGACCAACUGUCCUUUUUAGGCCGAUUUGAUUUGACGAUGGAAUAAGCUGAAAACUAACUGGAUACGUCUGUGUGUGUUGUGGAUUGUUUACCUCUGUAAUGUCUUGUAUAAGCCCCAGUGCAAUGGAUAAAGUAUCAGUGUUAGUAAGUAUGGGGGGUGUCUCCUCUUUGAUAAGGAGAGGCAGCCCGCAGGAGAAACUGGAAGUCAUGGAACCCUCCCUCCUCAGGCCUGGACCCCACCCCCUCCUCCCACUCCCACUCCCCUCCCAGUGUUAAGCAGACAUUGUCCUGUGACAGGUCUGGGUCUGACUUUAUGGAGGAGUAGGAACCUGUGUUUGGACUGCAUCUGACCUGCUAGAGAGAGACUAGCGGUAGACUUUGGGUGUCCUCUGACUGGGUGUCUGCGUGUGUGUUGUAUAGUCUUGUAUGUAUGUGCUUGGUCGACCUCUGAGAAAACCUGUCAUUUGUCCGUGGACGACUCCACCCCCCCCUCCUACCCAUCCCCCCUCUGGAGUUACUGGAAAACAGGAAUUUGAGAAGUCUGUGAAAUUGAGUCUUAAGACUACUAUUUCAGAUCAAUAAUGAUUGCCUCGCCCUCACUUUCAAUAUCCCAACAACCAUCCUUCCCUUAAGGUUAUAUAAACAGUACUGGGACAGGAGAAACAGUCCGCAAAUAGUGAAACAUUUCAAAAGUUUAUUUUAUGUAAUUAAAUGAACUGGACUGUGACAUGCAAAACUAAUGGAUUUAUAAAAAAAAAACAAUUUAAGCAUUAUGUACAGAACCUACAAUGAAAUAAAAUAAUUAUUCAAAGUCCUUAUAGUAUUUGAAGUAUGUAUGGUUUGAUGCGUGGUUGGGACAUGUGUUUUCUAAAGCUGAUUAAUCAUAACUAUACAUAUUGAUUGUUUAAAAAGAAGUGAUUUUUGAAAGUGUAUCUGGGUUUUGGCGCAUGGUCAUCUGCACACUUUGAAUGUCAUUUUCAGACUAACUGCUGUUCGUGACAUUGCUAUGUCUAAUAAAUAAAAAAACUAA